UUGUAAUUUUGAUCUUAAACUUUUGUGUCUAAUUUCUCUUCCACCAUUUUAUAUAAAAGGUGUCUCUCAGACUUUGCAUCAUCAUCUUAGUCUACUCCGAGUUCCAAAAGAAGUUCGAGUCCGAGUUCCAAAGAAGUUCUUCUACAAACAGUUUGGAACAAUGCCUGCUUUUUACAAAAUUGAAAACAUAUUUUCAAUCAAGAAUUUUGCAACUUGGGUUUUAUUCAUUUAGUUGAUGUUAUUUCUAAACAUGGAAAACGUCCCUACCGAUUGGAAAUAAGUUGUCUCAAGCACAACAAAUAUUUUUAUGCCUCAGCACGAAAAAAAGCGAUUGGGUUUUGAACAAUGCGGUAAACAGGUGAAUUCCAGUUCAAAAGCAGUCUAAAAGAUGAUAAAACUAAGUUUCAUUUGCGCCUCCGGCGGCACAAAAGAAAUGGAGACAAUUUUUUAUAAAACACAUUUUAUUUGGAAAGACCUUUAUGUCAUUCCAUAUUAGUGCACCAUAGAUACAAAAUUUAGAGAAUUAUGGGCAGCAUUAUUCUGAAUAUAAAUUAUAAACUGUGCAAAAUGUCUCGCAUACCCGCGUCUUUAUGCAAUUUUUGCAACAGUAAUGAUGAGUACCUAUGGCAUUUUUUUGUACAAUGCAUCUUCGUAUCCAAAUUCUGGAAUAAAAUUGUGAAUUAGAGCUCCACGUAUAUGCUUGAUUCGAGUAUAUGGAAUUCCAGCUUUCGGGCUAUCAAAGGCUGUAUAUCUUUUUUUUGAUACCAUAAUCCUAAUAGGUAGCAAGUAGAGUUUGUUGAAACCAAAAUUUAGUGUUUUUUCUUCUAAGAAAAAUGAAACAUCUGAUAAAAGAGCGAAAUAGAUAUCUUUCACGAGAAAUGGAACAAUAUAGAUAUUUAAUCAACAUUCGAUCACUUUUGCAGGUACGCCCAGAAACUUCUUUAAACAUAUUCAAAUUAACGAGCUUAAUGCUACUAAUGUCAGUUCUGUAAUGCAGUAUUCGGUUAAUGUUUCCAUUGUAAAUAGUAUAGUUAUUGUAGGAUUUCAUUGUAAGCAGCUCGUUGUAAGUAAUGCAUCGUAAGUAAUGUAUUGUAGGUUAUGCGUUGUAAAAUAGUUUAUGUAUUGUAAGUGAUUAAUAUAUGUCGUUAAUGAAGGUUUGUAUAUAUAUACCGUUUUCAAAAACGUUGAAAAUUUGAAAAUGUAUAUUAAAUAUAUAUGAGUUCUUUUCUCAUCAAGAAUAGACACAAUUUUUGGCGAGAAAACAAUAGAUAUAUAUAUUUAAUGUAUAUUUUCAAAUUGCAACUUUUUUGAAAAUGAGUGUAUUUAUGUAUAUAUGUGUAGUAAAAAUGCUUCAAUAUUUUUAGUCUCAAAGGACGAUCUGUUCUCAUUUCAGAUGUACUUACACUCCUGAAUCAAAGCUGUUGUGACAAAAUAAACCCGUUUUCCUGCAAAAUAGUUAAAUGGUCGGGUGGAAUUCUUAAUAGUCCAUAAAGUCUGCGCCAAAGCUUUCACGUGAAUUCGAGAGCCAUAUGUUCUUCUUCAUUUGCCUCAAUCACGGAACCGACCGAAAAAUGUUUCAUUGUUCUGUCUGACCUAAUUCAUUAGUUUAGCUCGGCGCACGAGUGGAGCGAUGUUUGACCUAGACGCCUUUGUUUCAUUUUUAGAGGGCUGUCGUAAAGUGGAAAUGAAUCCUUCCGUCGACAACCUCUACUUGGAAAAUCACGUCUUCAGGAAACUGGAGAUAAAAUCAGCCAGUGCCUGUGAAGUGAACUGUUUUAUGGAUGCUGACUGCGUCUCGUACAAUCUGAGACAGCCACGGGAUCCAGAAGGAAGAUAUUUGUGUGAACUGAGCAAUUCGACAGACAAAAUUCAUCCCCUGGAUGUCAAAUCCGAAGCGGGAGCUGUCUAUAAAUCAUUCCGGGUAAGCCAGGUUGUGUGUUCGGUAAUGUAUUUACAUAUAGUUAGAUAUUAUUAUCAGAACUGAAAAUAAUACACAGUACAUUGAAAGCCACACAAUGCACAUAAAGCGUUUCAAUUCAUGCUAUGCAACGUCUUUUCGUCCCACUCAAUCUCAGGCCAGAACUGCCGCAUCAUCCAAUCCCAGAUAACGUAAAUUGGCUACCGUAAAGAGUUUCAGAGCUAACGUUUCGAGCGUUGGCCCUUCGUCAGAGCGAAGGAAAUAAAUUAUUCGCUCUGACGAAGGGCCAACGCUCGAAACUUCAGCUUUUAAACUCUUUACGGUAAUUACCCUUUUGUACUCUCCACCCGACGCAGCACCACAGAUUAUUUUGAAACUUAUCUCCCCAAUUCCAGGUAAUGCCAUUUCGCUUCAUUCCAUGUCAUGCCAUAUUAUAUCAUGUAAUACAAUGUCAAAUAUUGUUUUGCUUACGUCAUGUCCUGUAAUCUCAUCCCAUUUAAGGUCAUGAUAUCCCUAUGUUAUUUUAUGUCAUGUCAUGUCGCAUUAUGCCGUGCAAGUCAUGUCAUUUAUUAUCAUCUUAUGCCAUUUCAUUUCUUCUCAAAUCAUUCGAUACCAUUUCACGUCACGUUAUGAGACUCAUGUCAUGUUUGGUUCUGCUGUUACAUGUUAGGUCAUGUCAUACGAGGCCAUGCUAUUUAAGUCACUUCAUGUAUUGCCACCUCGCUCCAUGUUAUAAUAUGUCAUGUCAUGUCAUGUCAUGUUAUGUCACGUCAUGUCACGUCCCGUCAUGUCAUGUCAUGUCACGUCAUGUCAUGUCAUGUCAUGUUACCCUGUAAAAACGGCAAAUAGAGGACAAUACCUCAUUAUUUUCACCGAAUCUCAACUAAUUUAGGUAAAUCUCCCUUUCUUCACAGAACCCUUGUUCAGAUAAUCCCUGUCCUGCGAUCCAUCGAUGUCAAACAGGAUUCACCAGCAAAGGUUAUCGUUGUGUUUGCAGAAAUAGACUCUUUGGAAGCAACUGCACAGAAGGUAUUUUUCUUCAAUUGAUCCACCUGUGUUAUGCAAAGUCAUUUCUCUUAUUCAGAUUUAAAAGUUUAAUGUAAUGUUUUGGUUUUUUUUUUCCAAAGAAAGGAUUUUACUUUUAUUUCUUAUUUUUGGACAUUACAGCACCUCCAUCAGUGCAAGUGUUUCCUGAUUCUAUCGAGACCGAGGAAGGCAAAAAAGUCUUCAUGACAUGUACAAUCAUCAGUAUUCCUCCUCCACACUUCAUUAAAUGGAGCAGGUCUCAACAAAGUCUACCUCCCACAAGAAGCGACGUUCGAGGAGUAAAUCUAACUUUGGAAAACGUCACCAAACAGGAUACUGGCUCAUAUGUGUGUACUGCAAAAAACAUCUGGGGUACAAUCUCAUCCUCAACGUACCUUAAAGUCCAUUCAGCUCUUAAGUUUACCGUUAAACCUCCGUUGAAUGUGACCGUGAAGGCUGAUGAAGGUCUUACUCUGCCUUGUUCUGCUGCAAGCGAUCUCAAGUUGUCGUGGAUGUUUGAUGGGAUCGAGUCGUUACCUCCUUAUGCCAGAAUCGAUUCCUCAAAUAACUUGAUUGUUUCUUCAGUCAAUUUCACCCAUGGUGGUGAUUACACUUGCCGUGUGACUAAUGCGCUCAAUUCCAUUCAAACAAGUGUCACCGUUUACGUCAAGUACCCUGAAACCUGCGCCAAAGUGAAGACAGACAUUAGUGACAUUAGUGGUGAUUAUUUCAUUGAUCCUGAUGGUGUUCUUGGCGAAGAUCCAUUUCCUGUUUACUGUAACAUGACUGACAAAGGAGGCGUUGGAGUGACAGUUAUCAGUCACGAUAGCGAGGACAGAAUCCACGUCAAUGGAUCUGAACCAGAUGGUAGCUACCGCUGUGACAUCCAUUACAACGGCAGCAGCCUUUCCCAAAUCAAGGGACUGAUAGAAGCCUCAAAUAGCUGCCAACAGUUCAUUAAAUAUGAAUGCCACAAUGCUGCAAUGCGCUUAGGUCGAAUUAGCUGGUGGGUGUCACGUGACGGUGCGAAAAAAAAGUAUUGGGGUGGAGCCACUGACGGAUGUGCGUGCAACGUGACUAACACCUGUCCGACUCAAGAGUGGCCCUGUAACUGUGACGCGAACGAUGAUGUUUGGCGGGAGGACAGUGGUUUUUUGACCAUCAAAUCCGACCUUCCAGUUACUCAGUUGAGGUUUGGUGACACUGGUCGUGCUAACGAGGAAGGAUAUCACACACUUGGAAAACUGGAAUGCUACUAA